AGCCCGGACAGACUUUCUGUUUCAUUCCCACAGAACUGCCUGCUCUCUUCGGCUCGGACACUCUCCAGAAAACCCUGGAGUUGGUGGCACUGUGAUCCCCGGACUCCAGCCCUGGUGGCGGCCAUGGGACGGGACAGCUGUCUGUGAUUGCUGUCUCCUAUGCACUGUACCGAGGAGAAAUAACCAGCCUGUUUGGUUUAACAGCUGCAUCGACUUCGACUGAUGCACAAUCAGUCUGGCUCUGCCAAACAGCAGCCUCGCUCCCAACCCCUAUGCCUCGUGAGCCAGCCGCCCCAUCGCCAGCCCGUCUGCACAUCCACGAGAAAGGGUCCGUGGGAGCAACUUCAUGCCGGGCACUCCAGAGUCUGCACCGGCUCCACCACGAUACGUGGCUUGUGACAACACAAUGUCCCCAGCGGCAAGGUGCAAGGUCCCGUCGUGCAUGGGCCAGAAGAGGCUGGCGCUGAUCCUUUGCAUCUCCUUUCUGAUAGUCCUGCUCAUUGCCCUCAUCCUGCUCUUCCUGUUCUGGCGGUCGAACACUGACUUUCUGUACAAGGAGCCGGCUGAGAGGUGCAGCCACCAAGCCGUGCGCUGCGACGGGGUGGCCGACUGCUCCCAGAAGAGCGAUGAGCUGGACUGCGUGCGGUUUAGGUGGGAUCAGUCUCUGCUCCACGUCUACUCCAGCACAGAGAAUCAAUGGCUGCCUGUCUGCAGCAGUGCCUGGAACGACUCCUUCUCCAGGAAGACCUGCCAGCAACUGGGAUUUCAAAGCAUAUCUCACACGGAGUACGUGCCGGCCUCCUUCCCUGGCAAGAGCCUCACUGUCAUCCAGGAGCAUCCCACAAUCCAGCAGAGUCUCAACAGCUCCAAGUGUCCCACGGGAAAAUACGUCUCCCUCCGAUGCACAAGCUGUGGACAAAGGACUUCUGGCCGCAUCAUUGGGGGGAACGAAGCUUCGGCGAGUAAGUGGCCCUGGCAAGUUAGUCUCCAGUAUGGGCUGAGCCACAUCUGCGGGGGGACAGUCAUUGAUACCCAGUGGGUGCUGACAGCUGCCCACUGCUUCUUCAUGAACAGCGUGAAGAUCCUCGAUGAGUGGAAAGUGUAUGCUGGGGCCUCCGACCUGUUCCAGCCUGCCAAGGGCAUCCCCACCGCCCAGAUCAUCAUCAACUCCAACUACAGCGACGAUCUCGACGACUACGACAUCGCUCUGGUGAAACUCGCCACGCCCUUAACGAUAUCAGGGCAGGUCCGCCCCGCUUGUCUCCCGAUGUCUGGCCAGACGUUCCGGGCUGGGAGGACGUGCUUCAUCACUGGCUUUGGCAAAACCAGUGAGAACGAAGAGAACACCUCCUCAAAGCUGCGGGAGGCGGAAGUGAGACUGAUCGACUACAAGAUCUGCAACAGCAGUAGCGUGUACGAAGGCGAGCUGACCCCCCGCAUGAUGUGUGCCGGGGACUUGCAAGGAGGGAGGGACUCGUGCCAGGGCGACAGCGGCGGCCCCCUGGUCUGCGAGGAUAACAGCCGGUGGUACGUGGCCGGAGUGACGAGCUGGGGAACUGGCUGUGGCCAGAAGAACAAGCCCGGGGUUUACACUCAAGUUACAGAGCUCCUCAGCUGGAUUCACAGCAAAAUGGAGAGUGAGAGUGACUAAGGACGAGGUGGGCACCUAGUGGGGCUGUGGCUUCUCCCUGCUAACAGCUCCAGGUGUAGUGAGAUCCUUGGCGCUGUUCUGCUGUCACAGGGCAAAAUUCCAGUGAUCACCCUUCGAGCACGGACUGUCCGGAGGACUUAUGACUUGGUGCUGCCCUGAAGCCCUGAAAACACAAUGCCUCCAGAACGUCGAAGUCAAUUCAUUUUGCCAACAACCAAAAUGGGAAAUAUAAGCAGAAUAUCAGGGGAAAUGUCCCAGUGGUGUGAACUGGUGAAAUAUUUUUCCAAGGGAAGUGGCAGAAGCCCCAUUACUUGACAUUUAAAACUGGACUUGACAAAGCACUUGAAAAUAUCCUAUAAGGCACAGUCCUGCACUGACGGGUCCUUUCUGUCUUUAAAUUAUACAAUUCUUGUUGUCUUGUAAAUAGAAAAGUCAGGCCUGUCUCCUCCGAGUCCUUCGUGUCAGAACCCAGGUGGACGGGCAGGUCAGUGCCGCAGGACGUGGUACCGGAAGGGAAAAGGCUGAAACUCACACGGCUCAGCCCCUUUGCAUUCUGUUCCUUGCGUUACAGGGCCCCCCUGCUUAGGAUUAGGUGCUGUAGCAAGCCCUGGUCAGAAGCAGAGGCUGCCCCAAGGAGCUCCCUGUCUAAAUCGAUAGGCUGGGAGAAAGGAAGGAUAAUUCUUCCCAUAGAGGGCCAGUGACUUGUCCAAGGUCACCCUGGGGCUCAGUGGCAGAACCAGGUCAGCCCAAUGCCUUAGCCACAGGGCUGCCCUUCACCAUUCCUGCGGGUAGUAACGUGUAGUUCUCCUGUCAACGUCCACACGCAGCUGCCUCUGCACCUAACGGCCCAUGUCGUCAUAGCCUCUCGCAGUUGUCAAUGGACCGGAUU